GGAAACAGAAAACAUUGAGUUCGAUGUUAAGCCACCAUUCAAAUGAGCUCGGUCCGGUGAGUUUUGCAACUUUAACCAAAAAAGAAAUCUUAAAAACGUACUCCUAUUUUUAUGGUUUGAUGACCCUAUUAGCUUAGUUUUUAAUUUUUAUACCAAGCAAAUUUAGAAAGAAACUGAACUAAAUCUAUAGGUUGGGUUGACGAACUAUAAGAAAUUUGUUAUUGUGGGAAAAGAAAAUUAAAUGAAUUUUGCAAAAGAAAAUUAUUUAACAAAUAGAUACAAAAUCAUUUGAAUUUUUCAUAAACACUUAUCUUUAACCGUAACGAAUGUGAAUUUAGCAUCUUUUUCAUAAGCGAUUAUUUUUCAUAAAUCAAUUGAAAAUUUUCAUAUAUUUUCAUAAAAAAUAAAUCGAUUAUUAAGUCGGUGAACAAAUGUAAAGCUAAAUAAACACUUAUCUUUAAGAGUAAUGAUAUAACUGAAUAAAAGACCCACUUAUUCAAAAAUGCAGAAAUUGUUAAAACUCAACAAGUAGGAUCGAAUCUGAAACAAAUCUCACCACCCCAUAUUUAAUUGUGAAAGCACAGUAAACACAUGUUAAGUUUACAUACUUUGUUUCAAUAAUAUUACCAUAUUUUCUUUUGGCUAUUAUUCAAAGGAUACAUUUUUGCUUGACCUAUCCUAUUCUAACAGAUGAAGAAGUGUUUUGGCUAUAAAAUUAAGUUCAUUAUUUGAAACCAAACACAUCAUAUUCGUUUGAACUUAUCAAUUAAAAAAUAGUAAUAGCUGAAGAAUUUUUUUUUAAUUAUUAAAAGACUGAGAUGUUGACGAUUAUGGUAUUAUUUAAUAUUAUCAAAGUUGAGAAAAAACAUUGCAUCAGUUCCCAUGAACACAAAGCCAUUCCAAAGCUAUUUUGAGUUGUGAUAAAACUUGAUAUUACCAAAACACGAGUUAGAGAAAGUCCAACGAUUCUCUGUCUUUCUCCCUCUUCCUCAUUUAUCGCCAUGUCUUCCUCUCCACCAUAUUUCUUGACUCACAAGAAAACAACACAAUCUUCCCCUCAAAAGAAAAAAAAUAAACAAAACAAACCCUAAUUCUCUAUCGAAUCUCAAGAACAGAUCAAUAAUCUAAUGUUCCCUUGAUCCGUCCUGAUCUCAAAUCUGUAUCACUGUAUUUCAAGAAAAACUCUGGAAUGGGAAGGAGAAAGUUAUGUUUUCAAGAAACAUUUGUUUCGUUCUUCGUUUCUCUUGUCUUUAUAUUUCAUCGAGGAGUAAUAUGUCAAGAUGAUAGUAGCUUGGAUAAUCCAGCAGCCAAUCGCCUCUAUAACCAAUUCGUCUUCGACAAAAUAUCCAAUCUCACAGAAGUUUUUGAGGAUGACAUCAAACGAGAACUCGGUUUCUGCAUCACCAAUGUAAAAGAAGAUUAUAAUGAAGCGUUUAACUUCUCUUCCAAGCCAGGCUUCUUAAAUAAAUGUGGUAAAACCACAAAAGGUGACAUGAUGCAGAGGAUAUGUACAGCUGCAGAAGUGAGGAUAUACUUCAAUGGAUUAUUAGGAGGUGCAAAGAGAGCUACUAAUUACUUAAAACCGAACAAAAACUGCAAUCUAUCUUCAUGGAUGUCUGGAUGUGAACCUGGAUGGGCUUGUCGUACUGCCAAAGACGUUAAAGUUGACCUUAAAGACGAUAAAAACGUUCCUGUGAGAACUCAGCAAUGUGCGCCUUGCUGCGCAGGUUUCUUCUGCCCUCGUGGGAUUACUUGCAUGAUACCUUGUCCUUUGGGAGCUUAUUGUCCAGAAGCUAAGCUGAACAGAACAACAGGACUAUGCGACCCAUAUCAUUACCAGCUUCCUUCAGGACAGCCAAAUCAUACUUGUGGUGGUGCUGAUAUAUGGGCUGAUAUUGUUAGUAGCAGUGAAGUUUUCUGCUCAGCUGGAUCUUUUUGUCCUUCAACUAUUGACAAGCUUCCUUGUACUAGAGGACAUUUCUGCAGGACAGGUUCUACUGCUGAAAAAAAUUGUUUUAAGCUGGCAACAUGCAAUCCAAGAUCAACAAAUCAGAACAUCACAGCAUAUGGAAUCAUGCUUUUUGCUGGGCUAGGUUUCUUGCUCAUAAUCUUAUACAACUGCUCUGAUCAAGUGCUUGCUACAAGAGAAAGAAGGCAAGCAAAGUCCAGGGAGAAAGCAGUACAAAGCGUGCGUGAGACGCAAACGCAAGAGAAAUGGAAAUCAGCCAAAGAUAUUGCAAAGAAGCAUGCCACCGAGCUGCAACAAUCAUUUUCAAGGACAUUUUCUAGGAGAAAAUCAAUGAAACAGCCUGAUCUGAUGAGAGGUCUAAGCCAAGCAAAGCCUGGAUCAGAUGCUGCUUUACCACCAAUGGCAGGAGGAAGCUCAGACACAACCAAAAAGGGAAAGAAGAAGGAUAAGAACAAACUAACUGAGAUGUUACAAGACAUUGAACAAAACCCUGGAGACACUGAAGGUUUUAAACUCGAGAUUGGUGAUAAAAACAUUAAAAAACAUGCUCCGAAAGGCAAGUCACUGCAUACGCAGAGCCAGAUGUUUAGGUAUGCUUAUGGACAGAUUGAAAAGGAGAAGGCUAUGCAGGAGCAGAACAAGAACUUGACAUUCUCUGGAGUCAUCUCUAUGGCUAAUGACAUUGAGAUAAGAAAGAGACCAACCAUUGAAGUUGCAUUCAAAGAUCUUACUAUUACUCUGAAAGGUAAAAACAAACAUCUCAUGAGAUGUGUGACUGGGAAGCUAUCACCUGGACGUGUUUCAGCUGUGAUGGGUCCUUCAGGAGCCGGGAAGACCACUUUCCUAACAGCUUUGACAGGCAAAGCAGCAGGUUGCACCAUGACUGGGAUGAUUCUAGUAAACGGCAAAGUUGAAUCAAUUCAAUCUUACAAGAGAAUCAUUGGCUUUGUGCCUCAAGAUGACAUAGUCCAUGGGAACUUGACAGUGGAGGAGAAUCUCUGGUUCAGUGCAAGAUGCAGGCUCCCUGCGGAUCUCCCUAAGCCUGAAAAGGUUUUAGUUGUGGAAAGAGUCAUAGAGUCACUAGGUCUGCAACAUGUCAGAGACUCUAUGGUUGGUACUGUGGAAAAGAGAGGAAUCUCUGGAGGUCAGAGGAAAAGAGUCAAUGUUGGUCUUGAAAUGGUGAUGGAACCAUCACUUCUGAUAUUAGAUGAACCAACUUCAGGUCUUGACAGUUCAUCUUCUCAGUUACUUCUUAGAGCUUUGCGCCGUGAAGCUCUUGAAGGAGUGAAUAUCUGUAUGGUUGUUCACCAGCCAAGGUUCAACAUAAUACACUCAUCCCAUUUGUUACUUAGAAGAUUAGAUCUUGUUCUUAUUUUUAUCUUUUGUUUUCUCUUCAGCUACACUCUCUUUAGGAUGUUUGAUGAUCUAAUACUUUUGGCAAAAGGUGGAUUAAUAUGUUACCAAGGAUCAGUCAAGAAAGUUGAAGAAUACUUUUCAAGCCUUGGGAUAGUUGUCCCUGAGCGUGUGAAUCCUCCUGAUUACUACAUUGAUAUAUUGGAAGGGAUACUGAAGCCAAGCACAAGCUCAGGGGUUACCUAUAAGCAGCUUCCGGUUAGAUGGAUGCUUCAUAAUGGGUAUCCAGUUCCUUCGGACAUGCUCAAAAGCAUUGAAGGGAUGGCUUCUGCUGAGAACUCUGCUCAUGGUGGAAGUGCUCACGGGAGCGUUGUGGGAGAUGAUGGAACAUCUUUCGCUGGAGAGUUCUGGCAAGAUGUCAAGGCAAAUGUUGAAAUCAAGAAAGAUACCUUGCAGAACAACUUCAGUAAUUCUGGUGACUUGUCUCAAAGACAAGUUCCUGGUGUGUAUCAGCAGUUCAGAUACUUCUUAGGAAGGUUAGGUAAACAGAGACUGCGAGAAGCAAGGACACUAGCUGUAGAUUACCUAAUACUUUUGCUUGCGGGUAUCUGCUUAGGAACACUUGCUAAAGUGAGUGAUGAAACUUUUGGUGCCAUGGGGUAUACAUAUACAGUCAUUGCUGUCUCUCUCUUAUGUAAGAUUACUGCAUUGAGAUCUUUCUCUCUUGAUAAACUACACUACUGGAGAGAAAGCCGAGCAGGAAUGAGCAGCCUAGCUUACUUCCUAGCAAAAGACACAGUUGAUCACUUCAAUACCAUUGUCAAGCCUCUCGUUUAUCUCUCCAUGUUCUACUUCUUCAACAAUCCAAGAUCGUCCGUUGGAGACAACUACAUUGUCCUAAUCUGUCUUGUCUACUGUGUAACUGGCAUAGCUUAUGCCCUGGCCAUACUUUUUGAACCUGGUCCUGCUCAACUGUGGUCAGUGUUGCUUCCUGUGGUUCUGACUCUAAUAGCCACCAGUACAAACGAUAACAAAAUUGUAGAGUCAAUCUCAGAGUUGUGCUACACGAGAUGGGCUCUUGAAGCAUUUGUGGUAUCAAACGCUCAAAGAUAUAAAGGAGUCUGGCUUAUCACUCGCUGUGGAUCACUGAUGGAGAAUGGCUACAACAUCAAGCACUUCCCUCGUUGCCUCAUCUUCCUGACAUUAACCGGCAUCUUGAGCCGCUGUGCAGCGUUCUUUUGUAUGGUAACUUUCCAAAAGAAGUAGCUUUAAGCUCCUUCUAUGCAUGCAAAACUAUAUUGGACGGAUCAAUAGUGAACAUAGAGAAGCCACAAAGGUUUUACAAGAAAAAACAAUACACAAUUAUUGCAGAAGAUCAUAACACGGUACACUGUUCAUAGGUAGUUCCAUCACCAGAGUUCAAGAUUUUCUUACCUGUAAUUCUUCAUGUUGUACAUCUUUCUUUUGUUUUAUAGAUUUAACGUAGAUCAUCAUCGGGUUGCUAUCAAUUCUGUUUUAUACACCAAGUAAAAAUGUAGAAGUACAUAGAAGAACCAAUGAAAAACCUUCAAGAACUUCCAUUACUUUCUUGGCUUAAAAGUUAAUAACAAUGGUAAUUUGUUUUCCUUUUUUUUUGUUCACAUUUUGUUUCCUUUCAUCACAUAGCAUUUCAUUUUUCCAAAUGAGAUGAUAUCAUUUGAUACAAAUUAUCAUUAUUACUCUGGUACUAUACAGUGUGGAGAAGCAUUUAUUUAAGAACAAGGUAGAUCAGAAUGUUUUUUUUUUUUUUUGUAACACAAACUUGCAUUUUAAACUUGAGUUCAUUACAAAAGCCUCUGAGGCCAGAGCUUGCUUUGCUAGGCUAUCUGCGAUUCUGUUUUUGUCCCGAGGGAUCCAACGAAAAGAGACAGCAACAAAUUCUAAAGAUAAAAGGAGGAUGUCAGAAAAGACACCAUAGAGCUCAGAAUGUAUUGAUUGUUUUUUGUUUAUAACAAAAAAAAAGUAUGUAAAGGUUAAAUGAUUAUCCAUUUAAAAUAUUAUUUUUGCUUACACAUUAAUCCUACAACUAGAUAUGAAAAUUGUUACGUAAUGAUUAGUGAGCCAAAAUCAUAAUCUCCCUUGUACUCAAACAACAACAAAUCAUAGCAGAAACCCAAAUAUGAAAUAUUUUAUAAUAAUGAAAUUAUUAU